AUGAAGUACGUGCUGGUGACCGGAGGGGUGGUGAGCGGCCUCGGCAAGGGCGUGACGGCCAGCAGCAUCGGCGUCGUGCUCAAGGCCUGCGGCCUCCGCGUUACCACCAUCAAGAUCGAUCCAUACCUCAACACUGAUGCUGGAACCAUGUCUCCAUUCGAGCAUGGGGAGGUGUUUGUUUUGGACGAUGGUGGAGAGGUGGACUUGGACCUUGGAAAUUACGAGCGUUUUCUGGAUAUCAAAUUGACCCGUGACAACAAUAUAACCACAGGAAAGAUCUAUCAGGCUGUCAUUAACAAAGAAAGGAGAGGUGACUACCUAGGAAAAACCGUCCAGGUUGUGCCACAUAUUACAGAUGAAAUACAAGAUUGGAUUGAACGCAUUGCAAUGAUUCCAGUUGACGGCAAAGAAGGACCUCCUGAUGUUUGUGUCAUUGAACUUGGGGGCACUAUAGGGGAUAUUGAGUCCAUGCCUUUCAUUGAAGCAUUAGGUCAAUUUUCAUACCGUGUUGGGCCUGGAAACUUCUGUCUCGUUCAUGUCAGUCUUGUUCCGGUUCUAAAUGUAGUCGGUGAACAGAAAACUAAGCCUACACAGCAUAGUGUUCGUGGGCUUAGAGGACUUGGGCUGGCACCAGAUAUUUUAGCAUGUCGCAGUACUGAGCCAUUGGAGGAACAUGUGAAGGUCAAGCUUUCACAAUUUUGUCAUGUUCCGAUCUCAAAUAUAGUGAACCUCCAUGACGUGACAAACAUUUGGCACAUCCCCUUGUUGCUAAGGGACCAGAAGGCCCAUGAAGCUAUUCUCAAAGUUUUAGAGCUUCAGUAUGAUGGAAAAGUACCUCGGGAACCUGAGUUAGGGAAGUGGACUAAAAGAGCCACCAAGUUCGACAAAUUGAAAACUCCGGUCAAGAUUGCCAUGGUUGGAAAAUACACUGGCCUGUCGGAUUCCUACCUGUCUGUCAUUAAGGCUCUUUUGCAUGCAUCAGUUGCUAUGAAAAGAAAACUUGUAGUUGAGUGGGUUCCUUCCUGCGAUCUGGAAGAUUCUUCAGCUAAAGAGACCCCUGAAGCCCAUAAAAAAGCAUGGAAGUUGCUGAAGGGUGCAGAUGGUGUACUCGUUCCUGGAGGAUUUGGAGAUAGGGGAGUCCAGGGCAAAAUUCUUGCAGCAAAAUAUGCACGCGAGAAUAAUGUUCCUUAUCUUGGCAUUUGCUUGGGAAUGCAAAUUGCAGUGAUUGAGUUUGCCCGUUCGGUGAUGAAACUACAAGGUGCCAAUAGCACAGAAUUCGAUCCAGCUACAACAUCACCCUGUGUCAUCUUCAUGCCAGAGGGCUCAAAAACCCAAAUGGGAGCGACAAUGAGGCUUGGAUCGAGGAGAACCUAUUUCCAUGUCAAUGGCUGCAAAUCUGCAAAGCUGUAUGGCAAUGCCAGCUCUGUAGAUGAAAGACAUCGCCACAGAUACGAGGUGAACCCUGAUAUGGUCCUGGACUUUGAGAGGGCCGGGCUUCAAUUCGUGGGCAAAGAUGAAAGUGGAAAACGCAUGGGGAUCAUUGAGCUUCCCUCUCACAAGUUUUUCAUCGGUGCACAAUUCCAUCCUGAAUUCAAGUCGAGACCAGGAAAGCCAUCUCCGCUCUUCUUAGGGCUGAUAGCCGCGGCAUCUGGACAGCUAGAACCUUUGCUUCAACGCAGCAAUCUGACAACAAUAGCAUGUGCUAUCAGUAAAGUCCCGAAACUGAAAUUAUACCCAACUGGACCUGUGAAUCCAUUGAACAGCUUGGUAAAUGGGUACUACCCAAAUGGCACUGGCAUUCACACCUAG